CUAAAAGAGGACCCACUCUUCACUGGUGAGCGUGCGCGUUUCAGGUCGCCUCCGUAGCUCGCGCAGCUCGUCGCAGAGGAGGAACAACUUCACUUUCAAUUUCGCUUCGCCAGAACUCUUUGAUAACACCGGGAAUGCUCGACUGAACGUUUCGGCUCACGUCGGAUUCCUUCACGUUUCGGUCAGUUACUAGAAGUGCGUCACCAUGUUGGAGGAAACGGGGCCAGAGUGGCUGUCCGAGGAGGUGAAAACCGGAACCACCAUCAUCGCCAUCGAGUUCGAUGGAGGGGUCGUGCUCGGCUCUGAUUCCAGAGUGUCUGCGGGGGCGUCGGUGGUGAACAGGGUGAUGAACAAGCUGUCUCCACUCCAUGACAAGAUCUACUGCGCUCUGUCGGGCUCUGCAGCCGACGCUCAGACCGUCGCUGAGAUAGUCAACUACCAGCUGGAUGUCCACAGUGUCGAGAUAGACGAGGACCCCCAGGUUCGCUCAGCAGCCACUCUGGUGAGGAACAUCUCGUACAAGUACAAGGAGGAGCUGUCGGCACAUCUCAUCGUGGCCGGCUGGGACAGAAGAGAUGGGGGACAGGUGUUUGCAACCCUGAGCGGUCUCCUGACGAGGCAGCCUUUUGCGGUCGGAGGCUCUGGCAGCUCCUAUGUCUAUGGGUUUGUUGAUGCGGAGUUUCGCAGGGGUAUGAGCAAGGAGGAGUGUCAGCAGUUUGUUGUGAACACUCUGUCUUUGGCAAUGAACCGCGAUGGCUCCAGCGGCGGUGUGGCCUUUAUUGUCUCCAUUGAUGAACACGGCACCGAGGAGAAAGUCGUUCUAGGAAAUGACUUACCCACCUUCUUUGAUCAGUGAUACUUGUAGUUUUUUAUUCCUCUCUAGUCUGCCGAACCACUGCUGUGCAGGAUGCAAUUAGGUAUUAGUUUUACUCACAGCCACUACAUACAUCUGGCUCUGCUCUCAGCUAAUUCAGCAUAUCAACCAAAAGAACACUAGAUAAGAAUACUUGUAGUCAAAAGUUUAAUUUAAGUAAAAUAAUUGCAUUGCUCUGUGAUACACAAAGAUAUUUCAUGUUUAAUAUCAGGCCAUUUGAAACCCUAACGCCAUUUGUGGCUCAUCAUUAAGAGACUUAAAUAUG